AAAAUUCCUGUCCGGUGAUAUAAAAGAUGGUUGAAACAAAGGUCUGUAUUCAGUGCAGAGAAAGCUCGCGGCAAGUACACUUCUUAAUCGAGCUCUACCCAUUUGUUUAGCGAUAGCACAAAAUGAAGACCUUCGGUUUUCUUGUAACGUUCUCGCUUGCCAUCGUCUUGGCGAAUGCCUUCUCUACCGAAGAACACGUUAAAAGGUUUUUCCGUCCCGAGCAUAGAGCACUUCUGCCACACGCGACCAGCCUACAGCUCGAAGAUGACUCCGCCGCAGUAGUGCCUGUAGAGAAUGACGAAUCUACCAAAUGUUUGUCCGUCUGCGAACCACAGUGCAAAGUACUGGAGGUGCCAAAUUACCUUACGGUAAACGCCAGCUUCCACAAAUUUGAAGACACACCGAUCAACUGUGUGCUGGCUUCCACGGUUGUAUUCAAGAAGAAACCCAAGUACCAAUGCCAAUUCUUGUGCUUGUACCUGUUCGAUUGCUGCCGUGCUUGCAAUGCCAAAUACUCCAAAUGCCUCAAGCUGCUGAGCUUUUUCUACGGAGGACCAGAAUACUGCUACAGGGAGAACUUCAAGUGCAUGUGCAAAUGUUUGGAGAAGCACAAUCCCCCAGAGAAUUAUUACCGUCUCUACUGAAGUCGCUGUCUUUAUACGUAGUUGUUUACUAGAUACCAUGAAAUGUUUAAUUUGAUGCACUGGCUAGAUUUUAGAAAGACGUUUUGGAACUAAUUUUUUUACAGUCGUCAGCUCUCUCGUUAUGUUGUAAUGUAGUUGAGUCUAUAUUUUGUCAAUUACAUCUCCGAAAGCAUGACACAUCCAAGUCUUUUAAAUUUUGUAUUAACUGAUGACUGCGUAAUAAAAUGUGUUAACAGGAAAAUAUGAGUGGAUUUCAAUUCUGUGUCAUGGCGGUUUUGCAAUAUCCAUCAUCUCAAACUGUAGUACUGCCUUUAAAAACCUACCACCCAAUACGUGUUUGCUCGUUAUGUCUUCGAGACCUCGAAAAAAUGGCAACUUAAAAAAGUACAUUAUAUUGCCCCAUGAAAAAAUGAACUCAGUCAAUCAACUCCGUUUCUUCUUCAUCUAGUAUUUUGUUUUCUUUGUUCUCUACACAGCCUACUCAUUUAAUAUUUUCGUAAAAACUAAGUAAAGAGUCCCUAAUGAAUCUUUCGAACCUGACACGGGCACAAGAAAUCAGUUGUAACGCGGUUUGAAACGUCGAUUUAGCAGAGGUUUCCACUCUAGCUGGUGCGAAGAGAACUAAUCAAACAAUAUAACAAAAGCGAACCGAUAUGACUUUGAUAUCAGCGUGUUUCUCCAAUGAAAGAAUGCAA